AUGAGCACUCAUCCCGUAGCAGAGGUCACCGCGCCAGCAGCAUGGGCGAUGGUGGAGGACAAGUUCUCGCCGUAUGCGAAGGAGACGUUGGCGAAGCUGAUCACUUUCGUCAACGAUGAGGUCUUCCCUGCCACGAAGCUUGCGCACGCGCAGUUGCCCACUGACCCUGCGACGCGGUGGAAGACGGUCAUCCCAAUCGUUGCGGAGCUCAAGGCCAAGGCUCGCAAGCUGGGCUUGUGGAACCUCUUCCUCGGCAAAGCACGCUAUCCGGAGUUUGGUGUGCCCCUCACCAACCUCGAGUAUGCUCUAAUGGCUGAAGUGCUGGGGCGCGGAGGUCAGUUGGCCUCGGAGGCCGUGAACUGCUCUGCUCCUGAUACUGGCAACAUGGAGGUCCUCGCGAGGUACGGCUCCCCUGAGCAGCAGAAGAAAUGGCUAGUUCCCCUCCUGAACGGCGAGACACGCUCUGCGUUCUCUAUGACUGAACGAUACGUUGCCUCUUCAGAUGCUACGAAUAUUCGCACUACCAUCCGUCAGGAAGGCAACGAGAUCGUAAUUAACGGUCAUAAAUGGUACAUCAGCGGCGCCGGCGACCCGAGAUGCGCUCUGCAUCUUGUGCUGGGUAAGAGUGACCCCGACAACUCGGAUCGUUACCACCAGCAGAGCAUCGUUAUCGUCCCGGCCAACGCUCCCGGAGUGAAGGUCAUCCGUCCUAUGCAGGUCUUCGGCUACGAUGAUGCUCCGGAGGGACAUUGCGAGAUCAUAUACGAGAACGUCCGUGUUCCUCUCAGCAACCUCGUUCUGGGCUGGGGGAAGGGCUUCGAGAUCAUUCAAGGCCGCCUAGGACCUGGCCGUAUCCAUCACUGCAUGCGUUCAAUUGGCUGCGCUCAGUAUGCCUUGGACCUGAUGAUCCAGCGUGUCACCGAUCCGGCCAAGAAGACGUUCGGGAAGUACUUGUACGAGCAUGGUACCGUCAUCGCUGACAUCGCGCAAUCUCGUGCCGAGAUAGAUUCAGCCAGAAUGCUUGUGUUGAGCGCUGCCUUGCAGAUUGACAAGAGCAACACGAAGGGUGCUCUCAAGGAAAUUGGCAUGGCCAAGUUCGUCGUGCCUUCAAUGGCCUGUCGGAUUGUCGACCGCGCCAUCCAGGCGUUCGGUGCGGAAGGCGUCAGCCAGGACACCCAACUCGCCUCUCUGUACGCUGGCCUGAGAACGCUGCGCAUUGCUGACGGCCCCGAUGCGGUGCACAUUCAGCAGAUCGGUCAGAGGGAGCUGAAACGUGCUCCAGCCCUGGCAAAACGGACGGCGGAGAUCCAGAAGAGGGAGCGGGCACUUCUGGAGAAGCACGGUCUCCUGUCAAAACUGUAA